GGGUUCCCAGGGUAAAGGUAGCAGGAAUGCUCACAUUGGCGAGCAAACUGAAGAGGGAUGAGGGCGUUAAAGGAUCCCGUCCAUCCGGCCCAGCCUCGGACUCCACACGGAGAGUGUCUGUGAGGGACAAGCUGCUCGUUAAAGAGCUAACAGUCACCCCAGAUGAGGGUCACUACCAGGGUGGAAAAUUUCAGUUUGAGAUAGAAGUCCCCGAUGCUUACAACAUGGUGCCUCCCAAAGUAAAAUGUUUGACUAGAAUCUGGCACCCCAACAUCACAGAGACGGGCGAAAUAUGUCUCAGCUUGCUGAGAGAACAUUCAAUCGACGGCACUGGAUGGGCACCCACGAGAACAUUAAAGGAUGUCGUGUGGGGAUUAAACUCAUUAUUUACCGACCUUUUGAAUUUUGAUGAUCCUUUGAAUAUUGAAGCUGCAGAGCACCAUUUACGGGACAAGGAGGACUUCCGGAAUAAAGUUGAAGAUUACAUUAAGCGUUACGCCAGAUGAUGAUGGAUGGCAGCCCAUGAUUUCGCACCUCCAAGUUGUAUCUGUCACUUAAAAAAAGAAAGAAAAAACAAAUAUUCAGCAUUUUCCUUCCCCUCCCCCCAACUCCCCGCCCGCCCCACUGGCUUGUACACAUCCCGUGACCGUGUUGUACCGAAGAAGAGAACCUUCCUAGCUGUCCAUUUUACAUGGAG